UUGCUGCUAGAAAUAUCAACAAAAGUGAAGUGUGCUAUUCAACGUCAAUUGAGCCAGUUUGCAGAGUCUGUGGAAUUCAAUUCUAGAAAACUUGAUGAUAUACUCGAAACCGUAGAUGCAUUUAAAACUACAGUCAAAGAAAUAAAAAAUAAGAAUAUCGAAUUAUCUAACCGCAAUAAAAACUUAGAAUAUAGAAUAAGUUCAUUAGAACAGCGUUUACAAGAACAAGAACAGCAACAGCUUAUUAAAACUAUUGAUAUUUUUAAUAUCCUAUUCACUGACAACGAAGAUCUUUUCAACGUCGUGCAAAAAAUUCAACAAAAACUUGAAUUGGAAGAAAACAUUACAGAAGUAAAGCGCUGUGGUUACAAUAGAAGUAAUUCCGGAAAACUACGUGUGGUUCUACCAUCAGAAACUGUUAAAACAAAAUGGCUUACAAAAGCAAAGGAUACAAAGGUCAUGGUGAACGAUAUCUUACCUAGCGCAUCAUCGUUGACUGGUAAAAAAAACCAUCUACAUAAUUGA